CCCACCAGCGUACCCUUGGCCGGGGGCCUUAACCUGGAUUGGCCAAGGAUGUAUAAAUCUGCUGGGGUAUUUGAUAGUGAACAAUGCAAGAUUAGUUUCCUGCGGCAGCUUUCACAAGCAAGAAACUUUGAGUUAAUUCACAAUUGCAGCAGUAAUAUCCGGUUAGAAAGAAAGAAAAGCCUUGAGCCUUUUGGAAAGAAUAAAGGAACUGGAAAGGGGUAGCAAGCCGAUGAUCUGAGAGCCUGAGCCGUGCGUGAUCUCUAUGGGACGCUCCACACUCACAGCACUCUUAGCAGAGAGCGCCCCCUGCUGGUGUAGCUGUUUGCUGGCAUUUAAUCGCUUGACAGAAUAGUGACAGUGACUUAGCUUGUUGGCUUCGCAUUGGCAGGAUGUGUUAGAGGCGUGACGCGACUAGCAGAAAGUCCUCAGAAAUCAGGCCGAUGCUCCUCAGAGUCGAUCGGUCAAAUCUAGUGGAAAAUAUUUGGAAAAUACGGAAUGUGAACGGAAUGUGGCAGAGAGCUGCUGUGUUUCCUGCGUGUUCAGUGAUGAACCGUGUGGGAUCUGGCUCCUUGUCUGUUAGGUUUAAUCGUUUGCUUCCUAAGCUGGGAAUUCUGGGCCAAAAAGCAGUUGAUGUGUUUGUGUGUUUAAGGCUGCUGGUAGAAUGAGACGACGCUGGUUUCAACCCAUAGCACACGGCAGAAAAAAAAUAUUUAGUAAAUUUUAAGUAAUUUUUUUAUGUGUGUGUUUCAUAUUUUUAUUUUGCAUGUAAGUUUUAAAAUUUACAUUUAAACAUCUAAUUGAUACAACAGCGAAUACCCAAUCAGCAUUUGUGAAAUGAAAAUAAUAUCUUUUAAUGACAUUAUAAUAUUUAAUUUAAAAAAUAUACCCUUGCGUGGAACUGUGAGUAAAACUAAAUGCAUUAGCAAUUAAAUGAGAAGAAACGCAAUUAACCAUAAACUAGCUUAGCAAGUGAUCAUUUUAAUCUCGAACAAUCCUUGGUAAAGUUUUAUUAGUCAAAAUGAGUCGAUGCAGCAAGUGGAUUAAUGCAGUGUAUUAGCAGUCAGUAUGCUAUCUGCUCAUCGGUAUCCCUGUAAAAUGCUAUCGACAGUUUUAAUGCCAGACAGCCCGGUGGGUGGACGCUGUUUUAGGUACAGUUUCGUAAUACAUAAACAUACGUUAUAUAUAUACAUACUGGGUAUUGCGGAAAAAGCCUGUAGGGCCGAUGUGCUGUGAAACAGUGACCGUCAGAGUUAAGUGAAAAUAAGCAAUAGCAUGAAUGAGCUAAUAUUCUGAUAAAAAGAUGACAGACUGCAGACCUGACAGCAGGUGUCAGUGUUGGCAUCCAAACAAAGGGCUACAGUGGAUUCCCUUCCUUUCGCUUUUCCUGAGAAAGUUUGAGGCGGCGAGUUAAUGUGCGUCUCUCUUUGCAAGUCUUUUAUGCGUUUUUGUUGAGUGGCAUUUUACAGAAUGGAAGGAAUUCCCUUUGCAUGUGGAAACUGCGACUCUCGCUGAAGCUGUGCUCUUCCCCUUCGUGCAAAUGCAAAAAGAUGCUGAGAUUACCCAUGGUGCAUUGCUCAGGCUCGCGCUGAAUCACACUCCAGCCUUCCGAGUGUCUUAACGGUUCUUCAGCUUGAUAUGAAGCAGCCACUUCCCUGUAGAAUCUGGAGGUGAAACAACCGCAAGGACCGGACUCUUCGUGUUUUGGGAGUUUUAACCCAUUUCAGCCGAUUCAGGAAAAAAAUCUGCACAUUCCUUGUAUCUCAGAUUUAUGCCAUCAGCAGUUAAUUUGGGGGAGGUGGGGGGCGGUGGAAGGACAGCACUUUGUCAGUACACUCAUAUUGUAUUUUGGGAGAGUAGUAUUGAGAGAGAGAGAGAGAGAGAGAGAAAGAGAGAGAGAGAGUGAGGGGCAGAGAGCGAGACACCGAGUGAGCAGGCGAAAUACAGGAAGUUUCCCCUCGAGCUGCAGAGCUUACGUUUCUAAAAAUGCUCUUGGCUUCCUCUGUGUGGACCGUUUAGCUGGGGCAGCCAGCAACCCUCACGGCUCUCCUCCUGCGGGAGAGCUGCCCCUCACCCCCCGUGUGUUAACCACGAAGGUUUCUCUUUGUCUCCGCUGAUAAUGGGCCUGCUGGACGACUCUCAUCAGCACAUCUCCGGUUGACGACACUCCGGAGUCCGACAGGGUUCCAGAUAUUCCGCCCCGGACCGGGCUUCCCAGUCAGUCCCCAGCCCAGCCGCCCCUACCGAAGCGCAGGGUCCUGCAAAAGCCCCCCAAACCCAGAUCCAUCUCCAUCAGCAGCUCCGAAGAUUAUGAGGAUUUGGAUGCAUUUCAAACCCAAGUGACUGAGUCUGCAAACAUGGCAGAGAAGCAGGACGAAUUCCUGACCGUGCCAAAGCUGGAUCACCGGCGCCUGGACAGCCUGUACAGUGACGACGAGAUCCUGGAUGACGAUGGAGAGGCGGCAUCCGAUCCGGCAAACAGAGUCAGGAGGCACUCUUGGAAGGACUAUGGUCUGAGCACGCUCCAGGACAGCGUGUACCUGCCCUCCUUCGGCCGCAUCACCUCCAGUGCACGCAAAGAGGACCCCUCCCCUCCACUUUCCCCUGUCAUUAAGCAGGGCUGGCUGGACAAGAACCCACCCCAGGGGUCUCUGAUCUACCAGCGACGCUGGGUGAAGCUUGACGCAGACUAUUUGAGAUACUUUGACAGUGAGAAGGACAUCUACUCCAAGAGGAUCAUACCAACAUCGUCCAUCACCAGCAUAUCCAAUGUAGGGGAACAGAAGUUUGAGGUUGUGACUCACAACCGGACGUUCGCCUUUCGAGCUGAAAGCGACUUGGAGAGGAACGAUUGGGUGUCGGUCAUGCAGGAUGCUAUGGGCGACCAUCGCAGCAUCGGAGACGUCGCGGCCCACUUGCUGGGUCCUUCCUCCGUACCACCCAUAGCCGAGAUGCAGGGCUACCUGGAGCUGAGGGGUCUGCGGUCUAAGCUCUAUGUGGUGGUGUCUGGUGACAAAGUCUUCCUGUAUAAAAACCUGGAGGAUUACAAAUUGGGCAUCGGAAUCACAUCCAUUGAGAUGAACGUCGGCAACGUGAAGGACACCGACCGGAGAUCCUUUGACCUCAUCACCCCAUACCGCAUCUUCAGCUUUGCGGCUGAGUCAGACCAGCUGAAGGAGCAGUGGGUGGAGGCCAUGAGGGAAUCUGUGGCAGAAGCUCUGUCCAACUAUGAAGUGGCCAAGAAGAUCUGGUCUGAGGAGUCCAACAGGUUCUGUGCUGACUGCAGGGCGACCAUGCCUGAGUGGGCUGCCAUCAACCUGUGUGUCGUGUUCUGUAAGCGCUGUGCAGGGGAGCACCGGGGUCUUGGGCCUAGUAUCUCUAAAGUACGGAGUCUGAAAAUGGACAAAAAGGUCUGGACUGAGGAACUCAUUCAGCUGUUCAUGGUCCUCGGCAACGAGCGAGCGAACCUCUUCUGGGCAGCGAACGUGCCCCCCAGUGAGGACCUGAUGCCGUCUAGCUGCUCAGAGGACCGCCGGCGGUUCAUUGCCGCCAAGUACCGCGAAGGCAAAUACCGGCGUUACCACCAGCUCUUCGGCAACCAGCAGGAGCUGGACAAUGCUCUGUGCAUCAACGUGCAGUCCGACGACGUUCUUGAGACCCUCUCGCUGGUCUUCUGCGGAGCCAGUGUGAACUGUGACACGGGCAAUCCUGAGUUACCUACUACCAUUAGCCUGGCCCAGAGCUUCAACCAGAAACUGCAGGUGGAAUUACUGAGCCAGAACCGGAAUACGGAGAUCCCAAGGUCGGAAGUGGGAGGUCCCAUGGACACAGUGCAUUACAUGGCCCCUCCCUCCAUCACUCACAAUGGGUUCCUCUUCAAGACAGCCUCAAUGGCACGUCCAAUCACAGAGCGGAAGUCCAAAGAAGAGUUCAGCCGGCGCUGGUGCACGUUAAACGAUGGAAGUUUCCACUACUACGAAAGUGAUAAGAACGCCACUCCCAAUGGAGGGCUGAAGAUGAAGGAGAUCGUCUGUCUUGCAGUGAACCCUCCAGAGAGACACGGGUAUGACUACACAUUUGAGAUCUACUCUGACUCGGAGCGGCUCUAUCUGUUUGGCGCGGACAGCCAGGAGGGCGUGAAGGACUGGGUGAAGUCCAUCACUAAGUCCUUCAUCCCAGCCUCCGCAGAAGACCUGUUGAACCGAGACUUUGAGCGGAUCGGCAGACUGAAAUACAAGGAUGGCCUGAACCUGCAGAGCUCCAGGGUGGGCUGGUUCGCCCUGGUGGGCUCCACGCUGCAUACCUGCUUUGAAGACAGCGGGGGGGAGGAGGUCAUUCACCUGCGCAAGCUACAGGAGCUCUCUAUCCAGCAGGAGAACGAGGUUCUCGUUUUGGUGGAACGAGGAAGGACGCUAUACAUUGAGGGUGAGCGGAAGCUGGACUUCCUGGGCUGGUCAGCAGCAAUCCAGCAGGCAGCCAGGAGCUCCGGUGACACGCUGUGGCAGCAGCAGCUGACCGAGUCCGACAUCCCAGUCAUCGUGGACCGGUGUGUGGACUACAUCACCCAGUGCGGCCUUACCUCCGAGGGCAUCUACCGCAAGAGUGGCGUGAACUCCAAGAUCGCCGCCCUGCUGGAGUCCUUCCGGCGAGACGCACGCAGUGUGCGGCUGAAGGAGGGGGAGCACCAAGUGGAUGAUGUGUCCAACGUACUGAAGAGGUUCUUCCGGGAUGUGGAGGGGGGCAUUUUCACCAGCGAGGUUUCACAAGACUGGCUUAGCACCACAGGCCUCACUGAUGAGACCCAGAAGAUCAGCCAGUACCAGUUCCUCCUUGGCAACCUGCCCAGAGUCAACAAGGCUACCCUGCGGGCCCUAGUCAACCACCUCUACUGCAUCCAGUGCUUUGCGGACAUGAACCAGAUGAACCUUCACAACUUGGCCAUCGUCUUUGGCCCCACCCUCUUCCAGAUGGACGGGAAGGACUACAACGCCGGCCGCGUCGUCGAGGAGCUGAUCGAACACUACGUGGCCAUCUUUAACGUGAAUGAGCAGCAGCUACAGAAACAGCUGGAUGAGAUCACGGUCAUCAUCAAGGUGCGAGAGAACCUGAACACCAAGGUCCCGUCCUCUGGCUCUGGGGACUUCAUCUGCACAGUGUACCUGGAGGAGAAGAAGGAGACCGCAGAGCAGCAUGUGAAGAUCCCGGCCACCAUGAUGGCGGCAGAGCUGACCUUUGAGAUACUGGAUCGGCGGAAAAUCUCCGUCCGCGACAAGGACUAUUGGUGCUGUUUUGAAGUGAACGAGAAGGACGAGACAGAACGACCUCUGCACUACCAGGAGAAAGUUCUUCCUGUCCUGCACUCCCUGGGCACGGAUAGCUACAUGGUGGUAAAGAAACACAUCUCCAUGGAGGCUAUGUUAGUCUACUUAGCCAGCAAAGUGGAAGUGUCCAAGCAUGGCAUGAUGAAGUUCCGCGAGGAGCGCAACCUCCUGGGCCUGGGCCUUGGGGCGGGCAGCUUCCAUGACCGUUAUUUCAUCCUGACCAGCACCUCCCUCAGGCUGUACAAGGAAGUUCGGAGCCUACAAAGGUUUCCUCAGCAGCAGUGUAGCAAUCGACCUGAGAAGGAGUGGCCUGUGAAAACCCUCCGGGUAUACCAGGGCAUCAGGAAAAAGCUACGCCCACCUACAUGCUGGGGGCUGACUGUGGUACAUGAGAGCGAGAAGCACGAGAAGCCCGAAAGGCAGCAGUGGUACAUGUGUUGCGACACGCAGGCGGACAUGAGGGAAUGGUUUGCCACCUUCAUGAGCAUCCAGCAUGAGGGCAGCGUGUGGCCAGCGGACACCAUGAAGGCGCGGGCAAACCGCACAGCCCCGCUGGACGUCAGGCUGGGUAACGUGUCUCUGAUCCCGCUACGCGGCAGCGAGAACGAGAUGAGGAACAGCGUCGCUGCUUUCACUGCUGACCCGCUGGCCCUUUUCAGAAAUGUAUGACGGUACAUUCAAGCCGUAAGGUCAAAGACCAGUAGAGGGCAGCUUUGCACAAUGAAGACAUGUGAAAGUCAGACCACCAGAGGCUGCACAGCCAGACUGGAUCACGUCAAACUGCACAUGGUCCCCAUCCCCCAUUAAUGGAAUCCUGGAUCUCCGUACCACUGGGAACCUACAGCCUUUCACAGGAAGAACGGGAUGGUCUCCGUUGGAGGAGGAGCUCGCAGCAGCUGUCAUGGAGUAUGUGAGGAUGUCAGAGUGGUGACUCUGAAGUCUGUCCAUCUGGACAUGAGUGGCCACUGCAGGGUUUGUACUCCACUUAAGCUGGCCUCCGAAGGUCGCACUGCGUUUUCGUGUUUGAGACUCGAUCAGUGAGCGCAUUAUCAGGACAGACUGUACUGGAUGACUUCCCAUUUUUCGCCUCACUGUGACGGCUACGGAUUCGGCUAGCCUGUGUUCUUUUUGCUCACGUGACCUGCUCAUUUCCCUGUGACCAAACAGUCCCCCUUAUCUCAGACCGACUCUUUCACACACUUUAGACCGUGUGGGCUGAAUGUCUGCGGAGAGCAACGCUCAAAGGUGCUUAGCUGAAUUUAUUUCUGCCAAAAGGCAACUCUUUAACCUUUUCGUUUUUUACUUAAUUGCAGAAAACACAAAUGGCUCCGUAGAGGAGUCCAAAGCUUGCGUGACUGUACCAGUUACUAAUGUUAAUGUCUAAAAGCAUUUAUUUUAUGACAAGGAGUAACACUUUUAUUCCUAGUACAAUAUUAUUGCAUCUUAACCUCCAUCAGGUGUGCACAGCCUGCUCUUCUGUUUAAUAACAUUUUUUACAGAAUAUAAAUUAUUUAUUUUGCACCAGCUGGACUUCAUCCCUCUAGCAUGCAGUUGAGAAUUAAGAUUUUCAUAUUAAAAUGUGUUGAAUCCUGUUUGUAAGUGAAUAUCACAGGUUAAUUCAUUUCUCAAUGUAAAUUCAGCAUCAGGAAAAAUAAAAACUUACUAUUGUGAA